AUGGCGAGCCCAGCGAAAAAGCAGAGGGAAGUCCCCGCCUGCUUUACCGAUACCCAUGGUGUGGUGACAACCACUAUGAAUGACCUGCCCGGCUACAAAGUCAAGAAUGUACUGGGUACAGUCUACGGGAUUACCGUUCGCACAAGGAACUGGGGUGCGGAUCUGGGCGCGGUUGUUCGGUCAGCUGUUGGAGGCGAGCUUCGAUUUUUCACUAAUCUGAUGUAUACCUCUCGCGAAGAAGCUAUGGAGCGUUUGGUGGGAGAGUGUAUGAGCAGAGGUGGCAAUGCGAUCAUUGCUGUGAGAUUUGAUGUUGCGAGUUUCGGGGCCUGUUCGCAGAUAUGUGCGUAUGGCACUGCUUGUCUAGUUGAGAAGAUUGAGGAGGAGACGUAG